GGGCAGCCGCUCGACCUCGCUGCUGCGGAGCACUGCGGCCGGACGGGCAGGAUCGCGCGCGGGCUGCACGGCGGCGGGAUCGCCUUCCCGGAGGUGUGGACCGACCCAGAAGGCCACACCGAGCCGCGCGUCGGGUUCGUGCGGAGCUACGUGGCGCACCUGGAGCGCAUCUUUGACGCGGCGGAGAGCGAGGCGGCCGACCUCGUGGCGCGGGAGCCGGAGGCGUGUGCGGUCCUCAACAUCUAG